UUCAACCGAUUCAAUUCGAGACCGCAAACAUCACUCAAAAGAUUCGCCAGUCACCGUCGUUCGUCAACACCUUAGAAAACGCUGCUUAACCAUGGACAUACUGAAGAGCGAUGCCGAUUGCGGCGAGUCUGAUAUUGCCAAUUUCUAUGCCAACAAAACUAUACUGAUAACCGGAGCCACUGGAUUUAUGGGCAAGGUUUUGGUGGAGAAACUACUACGGAGUUGCGGGGAUCUUAAUGUUAUAUAUCUACUAAUUCGCACCAAAAAAGGAGUCGAUCCCAGCGUUCGCAAGGAGCAGUACUUCAAGUGUGUGAUUUUCAGCAAGCUGCUGGAGAGGAAUCCCGGCAUCGUGGACAAGGUGCGCGUGGUAAAGGGCGAUCUGCUGGAGCCGGACCUUGGCCUGAGCGCCAAUGACACCAACACGCUCGCCUCCAACGUCGAGGUGGUGUUCCACUGUGCGGCGAAUGUGCGCUUCGACCAGCCGCUGCGCCCCAUGGUCAUGAUGAACGUGGUGGGCACCCUGAAGGUCCUGCGCCUCGCCGAGAAGAUGAGCCACCUGCAGGCGUUGGUCCACGUGUCCACCUCCUACUGCCAGUGCAACGAGAGCGUCCUGGAGGAGCGCGCCUACGCGGCCCCGCAGAACCCCUUCUCCAUCAUCGAGAUGGUGGACACGAUGGAAGACGCAGCUCUGGCGGAGAUCACACCCAAAUUACUGAACGGCUUGCCAAACACGUACGCUUACAGCAAGGCGCUGUCGGAAGAUUUAAUUUGCAGAUACAACAAUAAGCUGCCCAUAAUCAUCACAAGGCCUUCGAUUGUGACGGCGGCCAUUCACGAACCUUUGCCCGGUUGGAUUGAGGGCGUCAAUGGACCCACUGGCCUCAUGAUCGGCGCCGCCCGUGGAGUCAUCAGAUCGAUGCACUGCAAUCCGGACUACGCCUCCACGGUUAUUCCCGUGGACAAGGCCAUCAACGGGAUGAUCCUGUGUGGCUAUCAACGUGGCAAGGCCAGCCAGGAGAAGGGAGGCCAGCAGACGGGAGUGGAGUUCUGCAACCUGUGCAUCUCCAGCAAGGCUCUGAUGUCCUGGGGCGACAGCAUCGAGACGGGCCGCCGGUUCUUCUACGAAACGCCACUCAGCUUCGCGCUUUGGUAUCCCGGGGGAUCCAUCAAGAAGAACUACUACCACCACCUCUUCUGCGUCAUCUUUUUCCACUAUCUGCCUGCCUACUUCAUCGACUUUUGGCUGCUUGUCUUCGGUCAGAAGCCAUUCUUAUUAAAUGUCCAACGGAAAGUUUCGACGGGUUUGAAGCUUUUGCAAUACUACACAACAAAGGAAUGGGAGUUCCGAAACGAGCGGUUCCAGGAGAUGAGCAGCAAGCUGAAUACUCUAGACCAGGACCUUUUUGACACGUCGGUGGGUCAGGUGAACUGGGAGACUUACAUUAGCAACUACAUAGUGGGCAUGCGCACCUACAUCCUGGGCGAAAGUGAAGACACUUUACCCCAGGCUCGAAAGGUCCUGCGCCGUCUGUACAUCCUCGACUGGGUCAGCAAGGUGCUGUUCUGGUCCCUCACCUUCUGGUUCCUGUGGACCCAUCUGGAUGGGUUCGUGGAGAGGAGCGACGCCUUCAUCCGAUCCUCACUCAGCAAUAUUUAUCACGAGCGAAACAGCACUAUACACGCAUAAGUUCUUUUAUAAUUAUUUCCCUCAAAUAUAGUCGGCAAGAUUUUUUUGUUUUAAGUCAACAUAUGAUAUUAUUUAAAUUGGUCGUUGGGAACUGGUUCCGCUUUCGAACUAGGGAACUAAACGUAGUAACCGUUGGCCCAGCAAGGCUUAAAAGCUGUUUUCUCAUGUUUUACCAACAUAGCUAUAGCUUAAACAAACUGUUGUUAUCGAAAUUUGAAUCAAUGUAGGGAUAAGCAAAGAAACUUUUUUACAUCUGACCAUUGAGAUUGUAUAGAAUACUUUUUAAAUAAAUAAAUAAUAACAGUGUUAGGUGUCAAUUAA